AUGUCGUUAGCAAACACCGCAAUGGCCCGCAGCUUCCCCCGCUCGCAGAAGCACCUGCUCCUCCUCCGAAGCUUCAGCUCCACCCCCCACCGUCGAGAAAUCAACAAAAUCUACCCCUCCGCCUCCGCCGCCAUCCACGACCUCAAACCCCACAGCACGCUCCUCGCCGGCGGCUUCGGCCUCAGCGGCGUCCCCACAACGCUCAUCUCCGCGCUCGAGUCCAGCCCACACAUCACGCACCUCACAGCCGUCUCCAACAACGCAGGCACCGACACGCACGGCCUCGGCCGCCUCCUCGCCUCUGGCCAAAUCACAAAGAUGAUCGCCUCCUACGUCGGCGAGAACAAGACCUUCGAGCGCCUCUACCUCAGUGGCCGCAUCGCACUCGAGCUCACCCCGCAGGGCACCCUCGCCGAGCGGUGCCGGGCCGGCGGCGCCGGCAUCCCCGCCUUCUACACGCCCGCCGCGCUCGGCACCGUGGUGCAGAGCGGCGAGCUCCCCGUGCGCUACAACGCAGACGGGUCUGUGGCCGAGUAUGGCGCCGCGAGAGAGGUGCGCGAGUGGGGCGGCCGCGGGUAUGUGCUCGAGGAGGCGAUCCGCGGGGACUGGGCGUUUGUGAAGGCGUGGCGGGCGGACCGGCUGGGGAACUGCCAGUUCCGGCUGGCGGCUAACAACUUUAACGGCGUGAUGGGGAGGAAUGCGCGUGUGACGGUGGUGGAGGCAGAGGAAGUGGUGGAGGUGGGGGCGAUUGAGCCGGCGGCGGUGCAUCUGCCGGGGAUCUAUGUGCAGAGGGUGGUGCAGUGUGAGGAGCGCGUCAAGGGGAUUGAGAAGUAUACGUUUGCCAGGGAGCCCGGGGAGGAGGUGCAAGCGACAUUAGGGACGGGCGAGGCUGCAGGGAGGAGGGAGAGGAUUGUAAGGAGGGCUGCGAAGGAGUUUAAGAACGGCAUGUAUGCGAACCUGGGCAUCGGGAUGCCGAUGCUGGCGCCGUCGUUCGUGGACCCGGAGAUCUCGGUGCAGCUGCAGUCUGAGAACGGUAUACUCGGGUUGGGCCCGUAUCCAAAGCGUGGACAGGAGGAUGCCGACCUGAUCAACGCCGGGAAGGAAACCGUUACGCUCGCCCCUGGAGCCUCGGUAUUUGGAUCCGAAGAGAGCUUUGGCAUGAUCCGCAGUGGGCAAAUUGAUCUCACGAUCCUCGGUGCAAUGCAGGUCGGCAUGUAUGGCGACAUUGCGAGCUGGGCGCUCCCGGGCCGCAUCAAGGGCAUGGGCGGCGCUAUGGAUCUGGUAUCGAAUCCUGCAGAGACGAAAGUCGUGGUGACGAUGGAGCAUUGUGACAAGAACGGGGGUCCGAAGAUCUUAGAGAGUUGUACUUUCCCAUUGACAGGGCGUAAUUGCGUGUCGCGGAUCAUCACGGAGCUGGGCGUCUUUGACGUUGAUUUCUCGGAGGGGCUGACACUGGUGGAGAUUGCACAGGAGGUGACUGUCGACGAGGUGAAAGCAAAGACGCAGGCGCCGUUUAAAGUUGCAGAUGAUCUGAAGCCGAUGCUGUAA